AUGUCCUCCCUGCAAGUCCUCAUCCGCCCAAUCUCUCCCUCCUCAACACACGCACUUCGACAUAAAGUAUUAUGGCCACACAAGCCCCUUUCCUAUGUUAUUCUCGAGGAAGACGACCACGGCUGGCAUUUUGGCGCUUUCCUUAGUUCGGCGACGGAGGGGGAGGUCCCUAUAUCGGUUAUCUCCUGUUUUCUGGAGCCUCUCCCAGAAGAAGGAGUUUUAUCCUCCGAUCUAGAUCAAUCGAAGUUGCCGAGAACUGGGAGGUUUCGCAAGUUCGCGACUGACCCCAUGUACCAAGGGAAGGGAGUCGGAUCGGCGCUUCUCAAACACGUGCUCGAUUUCCUCACCCGGCCAGAACUUCUCGGUGCCAACGUUGAAGACGAUCCAGAGACGGGAGUCACCCCGAGCAGCGAGGAAGGAGGGAAGGGCUGCGUAAGAGUAUGGUGCGACGCGCGCUGGGAUGCCCGGGGAUUCUACGAGCGGUUCGGGAUGCGCGCUAUUCGACCUGCUGGGAAAGAGGAUGGGCCAACAUUUUGGAAGGGAGAUGUGGCAUAUGUGAGGAUGGUGCUGGACUGCCCCGAGUCUACAUGAUCCCAUGCCUAAGAGAACUGGAAUGAUACAACCGCCUCAAAAAAGUCUUUUUACAUCGUUUAUGGUGUAC